AUGUGGGCCGUGCAAGCCUUCAGCUGGCUCUCGCCGUCGGCCCCGGCGCGCUGCGACGGCGCGCCGCCGGCUCCCACCGCGGCGUCCGAGCUGGAGGGAAAGGUGACGCACCUGAUGGAGCUGCUCAAGGCGCAUCAGUCGCGGGACGCGGAGGCGUCGCGGCUGCAGCAAGCGCUGCAGUGCCAGGAGGAGGCGGACGCCGCCAAGCUCGUCGAGCUGAUGCGACGGCAGGAGGCGGCGAGCGCGGCGGCGGUCGAGGAGGCCAAGGCUGCGAUCGAGGCGCAGCUGGUCGAGCGAUUCCGCGAGGAGCAGGCGGCGGCGGCGGAGGCGCACUCAGCGCAGCUGCAGCAGCUGAGCGCGGAGCACUCGACGCAGCUGCAGCAGGCAGCGGCCCUCCUGGAGGCGCAGGCGCGCGAGAAGUUUGAGACGGCGGUCGCGCACGAGAGGGCGUAUCUCUCCGCCCUCAAGCAGCUCGAGCUCGACGUCGACGCAGGGCCGUCGGACGACGGCGCAGCUUCGUUUGACGUGCGCGAUCUCUCUCCCGCGGCCGAGUGGCGUCAGCUGAGCGACGGCGGCUACUCAGAGGUGUACAAGGCGCGGCUUCUCGGCGUGACCGUCGCCGUCAAGCAGGCCACCAGCCGCAAGAAGACCUCCGGCGAGGCGCUCAUGCGUGAAGUCCGCUACCUCCGCCUCGCUGGUGCGCACCCAAACAUCGUGACAGCGUUCGGCGCGUUCGCGGAGGGGGGGCGGCUGCACCUGGUCCUCGAGUACGCGCGGCACUGCCUGCGCAACGACCGCGUCGCCCGCCAGAUCGACCCGAUCCUCACCCUCGCCGGCGUGCUGCGCGCGUUGGACCCGAGCGACUGGGUCGGCCGCACCGUCGGCACCAAGAAGCGCCGACCCCUCCCACCAAAUGCCGGCUGGGCAAGGAGGCGCUGGCUUGACCCUCUGCGGCUGUGA